AGCUUUAUAUUCUGACCGUCAUCUUCAUAGCUUCCUCAUCAUCAUCAUCAUCAUCGUGACAAUGGUGCAUCAAUACAACUCACACUGUAGAAGAAAGUGUGAGUCAGAACGUUUGUUUUUUUUGUUUCUCAUGCAUGGCCUCAUGCCAGAUUUGAACCGACAACCUUAGAACCAUGAGGCGACAGCACUUACUACACGUGGCAUCAUCAAUAUUUCCUGUUCUAUUCAUUGAAGUAAUUCCAGAAAUGUUAAUGUUUUGAUCCAUCAGCAGGUCUUAGCAUCAAUAAGUGUCUGUUGGUAAGGAAAAUAAAUCCACACUCCUCAACUGAACUGCUGGAGGAUUAGAAGGAGUGUUUGAUGAGUAUUAACUUGUGUGUAAGUGACUCGUGCUUGGUUUAAAUUUGUUUCACAAUAACCUACUUAUUUAAAUGAAAACAAACUAACAAGCACAAUUGAAUUGUCAGUUUUUGUAAUUGAUAUAUUUUUUAUGAAUAUUAUUUUUUGGCAGCGAACUAGCUGUAAGUUUAGCCAAUUUAAUGUGUGGGAACUUCUGCGCCAAACUCCACUUCAAGUAAUGAACUAUGUCUAAUAAUAUUUCCUGGUGAACGUCACUCAAUAACCACCUUAAGUCAUCUCAACGAACUUUCCUUUGUUCGGCGGAUCGUUGCGGUCGUCACCUUCGUCAUCGCCACCAUUGUCGUCAAACUCACCGAUAUUCACCGCCUCGUCAUCGGAAUCGUUGGAAUGGAAGUGGCAAGUAGAUGAAUCAGUGACCGAGAUUUGGUCCGCUGAUUUUCUGAGAAAAAUGUUUCAGAAAUAAACCAAUUCCAAAUAGUGCGAAAGCGAAAAUGGAAAUUUCCCACUUUCAGUCAAUCUUGAUGCUUUCAUUCUCUGUCGAUCAUUUAAAGAUGGGGCCGAGCUUCGAACCCGGCAGAAGCGCAGACCCACUCAGAACUGGAAGCCUGUGGUUUCCUCACUCUUUCACCAGCUCCUCUUCAGCGUCUACAGGACUUACUUCACAGCGUGACUUCUGGAUCUGCGUCGCCUCGACUGUCAUGUCUUCACACUUGAUCCUCCUGCACCUGUGCACCCUCCAGAUCCUGGUGGCCAGCCACCCAGCCUGCUGGCUCCCUGGGCAUCUGGUUCUGAAGGCCCACAACCAGCUCCAUGCCCUGGGUUCGUUUCCUCUUCACUGCCUGCCGUUUAACAGCAACAUGUCCUUCCCUGACAUGAACUUGACCCGUCCAUCAGUCCACCAGUGCCAGCGGGUCUCUCUGCUGGUGCACCGAUCCCUGGAAGGAGCUGAGAAAGUCUUCAGGAACGUGACACCAGGGUUGGACAUUUGGAACUCACAGAAAUUUCACGAAUUUCAGCUCACGAAUCACCGACUGCUGAAGGAAGGCAAAUGUCUGCCUGGGGAUUUCUCUUCUGGCCCUCUUCUGGAUUCGUACCUGGCAAACGUGACCUUGAAUCUCCUGCAGCCGGACAAGGCCCACUGCGCUUGGUCGGCUCUGAGACGAGAUCUCUACAGGGUCCUGAACUCCGCCCUCCGUCACCACCACCGCUGCUUCAAACAGUGA